AUGUUUAGCAGCAGUAGUACUGGAGGCGAAAAAGACAAAGAAAUAUGUUGCAGUGAUGACAUUCUUAAGGAGAUCUUAUUUCGUUUGCCACUCAAAUCAAUCUUCAAAUUCAAGUGUGUAUCAAAGAGGUGGCACCACCUUAUCUCCGACCCUCGUUUCCGUACCUGGUACGUGCAGUCCCAAGGAAGCAACAGCAGCAGCAGUAAAAGCAACAACGGCCCACUCUUAGGCUUCUUCCAAACCCCAACAAUGAGCGUCUCCUCUGUUAUGACCGGCGCUAGACCUAUGUGGACAUUCUUGGCAACCCUACCAAAAGUAGCAACUUCGAGUUGUAGUCCUCCUCUUGAUGACAAAUUUGUUGAAUUAGUAGAAAAAAGAGGGGUAGAUACCAUCAUCAAUUUGGAAUCAUCUCAAGGAACUCUCGAUGGGCUCGGCUACUUCAUAUGUUCUUCCAAUGGCCUUUUUCUUAUCUCCAGUCGCCCACCUAUGACGACCUAUUUCAUAUACAACCCUUUCUCAAGGGAGUCUUAUCAACUUCCUCCUCCUCCUCUUAAGCAGAAACAGCAGCAGCAAUCGUUUAGGCGACCAUUCAUGGGUCUUGUUGUCACCACUGAUUAUGAAGAAGAUGAUGUAUGCUCUCUCAAUGUUGCUUCUUCUUCAAUCCGACACAGAUACAAAGUGGUGUGUGCGACUGCGGCCACAGGUAGUAUUGGGUCCAAUAUUGAGAUUGAGAUUUUCUCCUCCUCCGAUGAGACAGGUGAAUGGCAGCAAUCCACUGUGGCCGUCACUGAUGAGAUUUAUAUCCACUUCUUAAAGCCAAUGAAUUUGAAGCCCAAUGUGAUAAUUAAGAGGAACUAUUUACUGGAUGAGUUGUGA